UGGACCGGGCUGCGCCUGAGCGACACCCAGGUCGCAGGCCACAUCGGGGCCCUGCCGGCCCUCGUCCAGUGGGCUACGCUGCGCCUGCGCCACGCCCAGGCCGCGGGCCACAUCGGGGCGCGGCAGGCCCUCGUCAGGUUGACCGGGCUGGGCCUGCGCCACGCCCAGGUCGCAGGCGAGAUAUCGGGGCGCGGCAACGCUGGGCCUGCGGCUCGCCGCGCUGCUCGUCGGCGCCUUCGGGAUGCUCGCGAUGCUGCGCUGCGCGCCCGUGCUUGCGUCGGCGAGCCAGGCUCCUGGCAAGACAGUCAAGGGAGGCAAAAACCAUCCGGACCGGACAAUUUGCGUUUACUAAAAGGUCCUGGGCGUUGAGUAAACAGCCGUGCCUUGUUCGAUUCCUUCUUUGGGCGCGCUUAUUACAGGCCUCGCGUGUCGGGGUGGUUCUUAACUUAUCGGGGCGGAUUUUCUGCCAGGAAGACAGGGAGCUGGCGGCGCGGCCCGCGCUGAAGCUCCUGUCGGCCGGCGCGGUAGUGCCAGGAGCCACACGCAGGCGGCGAAACGCGGCAUAGCAUGCGGCUCUCGCGCCAGCCGGUGGUUUCGCCGCAGCCGCGGGCGAUGGGAUCGCCUGGGCAACAGUUGGCCCACGGCUUGGCGCCUGCGCUGCUGCCCCGUCGAGGCUGGGGUGUGCGGCCAGGCCCGUGCUCGGCGAGGAGGUGGCGCAGGUCGUUUCAGGCGGCGAGGCGCUGGCUCCUGGCACCUGGGGGGUCCCGUUCGGAGCCCCAGCCUUGCGUGCCAAGGCCUUCGGAGAUGGCCUGGAGGCUAGCUUGCGCCUCGCCGCGCAGGCCGGGGCCGUACGCCAGGAGAUCGAGGAGCAGCAGUUCGGCGGUGUCGCGAGCGCGGUGCCCGUCGUCCGUCGUGGAGAAGGUGGUUGGCAAGUUCCACGGUUCUUCUGGCAUGGCCAGGGAGCCGCAGUCCGACGCUACGGAUGUCGGUGGUGGUGGUGUCUUGCAUACUGCUGCUCGGGGAGCCGACGGUUCUUUUGGCGUGGGGGGCUCCGUGGCCGCCGCGGAGCCAGUUGCACCCAGCAGCUCAUGGACACCGACGGGACUGCGACAUGCCCCUAGCCCUACAGAAGGCCUGCUUUUCCAAAGGUCGUAUGGUGGCCGCUCCAUAGUAGACGACCGUGGGAGCGAUCUGUCGGGUCUCGUUCGUGUCAGUGUUGUCUCGUUGUUGGAUGAUGCCUUGAAUAGGUGUCAUGUACGUGCGAUGUUCGCCAUCCUGUGCAUGGAGCGGUCCAUCUUGCCCUGCAGUUUGUUUUUUCCUUGUCCAGGGAGCGUCCUGAUGCUGUAUGUGGCGACGGGCUUCCUGGCAUAGGAUGUGGCUCCCGCUCGAGGGUUUGUACGUGGUGGUCUGGUUUUGGCCGUUAGGUGUCGUCAAUUUGGUUCGUAUGUCAUCACUUCGACGUCAUCGGCCUCGUCGUGAUCUCCCUCGGUACGACGUUGGCGUGAGCCGUGCCACUCAUCUUCAUGGCCCUCGUGCUCAUCCUGGUGGUCGGCGCGCUGCUCAUGGAGUUCGUGGUGGAGGGCCGACUCGAGGUGGAUUGUCGAGCUCGAAAAGCGACGCCCAGGUCGCAGGGCGACAUCGGUUCGUUGCAGGUCCUGGUCCAGUGGACCGAGCUGCGCCUGAGCGACACCCAGGUCGCACGCGACAUCGUCGCGCUGCAGGCCAUCGUCCAGUUGACCAGGCUGGACCUGAACCCCCCCAGGUCACAGGCAUCACUGGGGCGUUGCAGGCCCUUGUCCUCCUGACUAUGCUGGGCUUGAGUGACACCGAGGUCACAGGCGACAUCGGGGCGCUGCAGGCCGUCGGCAAAUUCGCUGACCUGGAGCUCAAUCACACCCAGAUCACAGGCGGCAUCAAGGCUGGCAGCCCAUCAUCCUCUUGACCUAGCAGCUGCCCGUGGGCACCUGGGCAUCGACCGGUGGAACCUGUGCGAGCACGGGCACCCGCACAGCUUGCGGCUCCGAGCGGGGGCGCCUGCGCGGGCUUGCGCGGAAGACCUGGGCUUCCGAGCCAUUGCCGCGUUGGAAGG